CCGUUACAUACUAGUUUAAAUAUAACCUGAAAAUAUUGAUGAGUUGCGUGAUGACUUGGUAUUUCGGUUCUAUACUUAUACUUUGGUCUUGAACGUACGAAGGUUGCGUUUUGUUAAUUGACUAAAUACUACGAUAAGUUUGAAGGUUAAUAAUAAAUAUAUAAUAAGGUGUAGGUAGAGUAGCAAGUCAUUUUGUUUUCAUUUAACGCCGGAGUUUAUCGAGUGAAAACGUUAUCUAGUUAAAAUGGCGCAAGCAAUACCAUCGGUUUUAUCAUUGGAAAAUGAAGUUUUCCGUUCGUUUUUAUUUUACUCCUGCAUUUUGGUGUUGAAAAUGCUGUUUAUGUCGCCCCUAACUGGAUCUAAAAGGAUGAAGCACAAGGCCUUCGCCAAUGUCGAAGACGCCAAAGGAUUCAACGUUAAACCCAAAUUGGACGACAACGUUGAGCGUGUAAGAAGAGCCCAUUUGAACGACAUCGAAAACAUUCCUCUAUUUUUCGUCGCCGGUGUUUUGUAUACCAUCACCAAUCCAUCAGUCUAUUUGGCGAAAAUGCUGUUUUUGGUAUACACUGUAGCCAGAGUAGCGCACACCAUUGUAUACGCUGUGGUUCCUCUACCACAACCCGCUAGAGGAAUAAGCUGGGUCACCGGUUUCGGUAUCACUGUCUAUAUGACUGUUAUGAGCUUAAUACACUUUUUGUAGUGUUUUUUUUUAUAAUAUUUUUGUUACGAAUCCAUUGAUAUAAAUUUUAAGAAAAUAAAGACACUAUUUGCAU